AAAUAUUUUACGUUAUUGGAAGGAAUAUCUAUCACAUGGCUUGAAUGAUGAAGUUAUAAAUUCGAGAAACACACAAUGCGAAAAACAGCAUUAUGUUUGCAUAUCUUUUUUAAGGAGUUGCGAGUGAUUUUUUAUCAUUCUAUCAUUUAGUUUAGUUUGCUGAGCAUAAUGACGUUGUUUAUUUUCAUUCUCUUAAAAUUGUAGAGGAACUAUGAGGCGAACAAACUCAGGUAUUGGUGUUAACAGAGGCCCCUGGACACCUGCUGUAGAUGAAAGACACUGGAAUUCUAUUUCUGAUAAAGCAGGUUUGCAACGAACUGGAAAGAGUUGCAGACUCAGGUGGAUGAACUACCUCUGCCCCAAUGUCAAAAGAGGUCAUAUGUCCGCUGAUGAAGAAGAACUCAUUAUCAGACUUCAUAAAUUGUUGGGGAAUAGGUGGUCGUUGAUUGCAGGCAGAAUGCCUGGACGAACAGAUAAUGAAAUCAAGAACUAUUGGAAUACACAUUUGAGCAAGAAAGUCUGCAGAAAAGAUCCCGUAUGCACCAAACAAGGCUAUAAACACCAUGUUGGUGCAGAUACACAUCUACAGAUCUCGUCUGAUCACAAUGAACAAGUGUGCAGUGAAACAGAAAGAGGAAGGACAGAUGUGGAUAAUAUUAUAGCCACAAAUGAACUCAUGGGUUCAGCAGAGUCCGAAGGCUAUUCUGUAUGCACUGUCAAAGAUCAGACCAGUUUUUCAUAUGAAGAAAUUGAGAGCUUUAUGGUGGAAACAGAUUGGGACAUACAAUGGAAUAUUUCUUCCAACUCGGGAAGUGCAAAUUACAAACAGUUUAAUGGAUAUGAUGAACCUCUAGUACAAGAUGCUUCAAUCGGUAUGGAGCAAAUCACAGAUGUAACCGAUGAUGCUAACCUAAUAUUUACUGCUUCUCUCCCGACAUAUCAUUUAAUAUGAUUUCAAGUGAACCAUGGUUCCCAUAUACUGCAGAAGGGAUUACAAACAAUUCCUCCCCACAAGCGGGAGGGAUUUGAACAGUUAAGUUUCAACCACUAUGGAGCGCGAAUCUAGCUAUCUAUGAGCUGGUGCUACUAGAGAAAUUUGAAGAGCUUGUUUUGUUUUGAGGGA